UUGAAUAAAUAAUACUUUUUUUUGCAGAUAUAAUAAAUAAAUUUCUUCAAUUGAUUUGUGAAAUCUGUAAUUCUAUGAAACCAUUGACAGAUCAAAUUUUGAGUCAAAAUUGUGCUCAAUGUAAAGAUAAAUAUUUCUUUUCAUGUAAAGAAUGUAAAUUUUGCUCCAAAUCUAUAAUACAAAUGAGUUCUCACGUAAAAGAAUUACACCACUCAAUAUUCAAAAACACUAAAGAAUUUGAAUACUUAAAAUCUCUUGAUCAAGAAAUUUGGCAGGAAAAACAAGAUAUGUAUGAUGGAAAAAUUCAGCCUAUUACAAGAUGCAAAAAGUGUGGGCGUCCUUAUAGAUGUUUGAGUAGAUUAAAACGACAUGAAAAGCUAUGCACCAUGACACCAAUGCUUCAGUGUACUUUAUGUCCAGAAUUUGUCAAUUUUGAGCAAGAGUUGAGAGAACAUCUUGUUGUAAAACAUGGGAAACAAGAGGAUGGAAAGGAAUUAAGUAUUAUGAUAAGAGAAAUAAAAAAGAAAAUUAAAAAAAAAAAUAUGAAAGUUAGGCAAACAAUCUUGGCAAAUGAAAAUAGCAACGUAUUAAACAUGAAUUUUGCUCAAAUGCAUAUAAAUGAUAUGGCUGAAGUAUCUUGUACCAAAUGCAAAGUGCUCGUUAAAAAAGUUAAUGCAAAGGAUCUCAAAUGUUCGAAAUGUCGUCAGUCCUAUACUUAUACCUGCCUUGGCUGUAAGACUCGAUUUCAAAAAAUCGGCUCACUCCGCAUGCAUUACAAUCGCAAACACGGACCGAAACUAUUUUCGUGUCAGCGCUGCAACCGUAAGUUUGCCUACCUCAGUGAUCUGAAUUGUCACAUGAAAUUAUGCAACGAAUCGUCAGUCUAUCAAUGCAAGUACUGCAUCACGAAGACGAAACACAUGACCGAAAUGAGAUAUCACUUGGUGCACGAACAUGGCGUCCGGUUUGGUUUUGCCCGUUCUUGGAUCUGUCACACUUGUGGCAAGAAGUACGCUCGGAAGCAAGGACUCAUACUCCACCAACGCAAUUAUUGCGGCAAGAAGCCAAACUUUCGAUGUUCUCUGUGUGCCUAUUAUAGCUAUACCAAACAUCACUUGACCAAUCAUAUCAAAAUGAAACAUGGUGAUGAAAAUAAUAGGAAAAAACGAAAAAUCAAUCUAGUUAAAAGGCGAUGAUAAUGAAUUAAUUUUAAUGACUUUAAAGUUCCUGUUUAACGUUUUCGAGACUAAUUGUGUCGAUUUUAUUUGUAAAAGUUGCAUUUCCUAUGGGCAUUUUUGCAUUGGGAAAUUUCUUAAAGUUCCCCAAAAAAUAUUUAACAAUUUGUUUCAUCAGUUUUUAGUUGUAUAAUAUUAAUUUGCGAUUUAAAGUAUGUACCAAAGAUUUCAUACAUUUUACCAGGCUUAACAAUAAUUUUUAAUUCUGCGAUAUUAAUCAAUGCCAAAGUUUUUCUAGUGUUGGUACAAAUUAAUGUUAAUUAAGAUAAUCUAUAAAAAAAAGUUUUGAAGACUAAUAAAAGAUAAAGAAUUUAAUUUUUCAGUUUUGAAAAACUUCAUUACUCUCCCUAAUUCAUGUUAAAUGUAUAAGUUAACUUUUGAAACUUUCGCGAUUUCAUAAACUAACAACUCAUCUUUAAAAGUUUCUUUUUCCAAAAAAUUGAAAAUUUAAAAAUUUUUUAUGUGUCAUGUUUAAUGUAUAUUUUAAAAAAUGUGCUUGAAGCCUCAGGGUACAAACAAUAGUACAAAUAUAAGUACUGGCUGUGAACAGAAAUAUUUGCAUCAAUUAUCCACAAGAUACACAGACAGAUGGUAAAUUUUACCUUUAUAAAAUUGAUCCUUAUUUGCUUUUGGUUGACAUUGGGAAUGGUACCAUUGAAAAUUUGAUGUGUGUUUGAUUUUAAAAGUAAAAGUCAAUUUAACCUUGCGAAAAAAUUUCAUAUUUUUAAUUAUUAAUAUCUAAAUAACGCGAAUUCUGCAAAUAAACGAAAACUGGGACAGGUAUAUCACCGGACCCGAAAAAUUUUAAGUUUUCCAAAUGUAUGCUAGCUUAAUGAAUCUCCAAUGAAAAAUCAAAUUUGACAAGUCAAUCUGAGCAUAAUAAAACGAUUGUCUUAUUUUUGUAAGCACAUUGACAUUUGAAAAAUAAUAAAACAUGAGCUUACAU